UUUACAGCUACACGGAACUUCCUAAAGUUGUGUAAGCUCAAAUACUACAAUUGGAACCUUUUUCACUCGGUGCAGACCAAUUUUAUUGCGCAAACUGGAGAUCCUACUGGUACCGGGAAAGGCGGAGAGAGCGUGUAUGGAAUUGUAUUAGGCGAAAAGGCUCGUUAUUACGAAGCCGAACAUAUGCCGAAGAUCAAGCAUAACAGGAUAGGUUUGUUAUCUAUGGUAAAUUGUGGCAACAAUAUGCUGGGUUCCCAGUUCUUCAUUACGCUAGGAUCGGAGCUCCAGUCUCUAGACAACGAGCAUUGCGUGUUUGGAGAGAUCACGGAAGGAUUGGAGAUUAUUCUCAAGUUUAACGAGGCCAUCUGUGACGGGGAUCAAAGGCCUUAUCAGGACAUAAGAAUAUCUCACACUGUCAUCUUGGAGGAUCCUUUCGAUGAUCCUGUGGGACUCGUGGUUCCCGACAGAAGCCCAGAGCCGACAAAAGAAGCUCUAAUGAGCGAUAGAAUCGGAGCGGAUGAAGCGAUCGACGAUAUGAGCGGUAUGACUAUGGAAGAAAUGACAGAAAUUCAGAAGGUCAAGGAAGCUAAAGCAAGGGCCACGAUAUUAGAGAUCGUGGGCGAUAUACCGGAUGCAGACAUUGCCCCGCCGGAGAACGUUCUGUUUGUAUGUAAAUUAAAUCCCGUCACGACCGAUGACGAUCUCGAAAUUAUCUUCAGUCGUUUUGGCAAGAUUGUCGGUUGCGAAGUUAUAAGAGACCACCAUACGGGAGACUCCUUGCAGUACGCAUUCAUCGAGUUCGGUGAUCGCAAGAGCUGUGAAGACGCGUAUUUCAAAAUGGACAAUGUCCUGAUCGACGAUCGAAGGAUACACGUGGAUUUUUCGCAAUCGGUUGCCAAGAUGCGCUGGCGAGGCAAAGGUAAAGGUAUUCGAUACUUUGACGAAGAUGACAAGAUGAAAAAACGCGACGAGAACUAUUUAUCUUCGAAAAAACCCGAGAUAUCGCGUGAGAGGAAUCAUGAUAACGGUAAAAAUAGAGAAGACGGAAGGAGAAAGGAGAGCUCGCACAAGGAUCACAGAAAGCAGGAGCGCAGGAAAGAAGAUAAAGAUAGGAGAAAGGAAGACAGAUCGCACGAUAGAUACGAGAAUGAACGAAGGGAUAGAAGAAGGAAAGAAGAACGACGGGAUAGGGACAAGGAGGAUCGGAAAAGAGGUCACAGCGAAGACAGAUCGGAGAGAAGAAAUAAGAGAGAUGAAAGCAACGAUUGGAGAAAAGACCAUAGCGAAGAGAGAUCGGAAAGAAGGAAUAAAAGGGAUGAGUAUAGCGAUAGGGAGCGUCGGUAUCGUGAUAGCGAGAGAAAAAGGACCACGGAAGAAGAGGACGAUACUAGGUACAGAUCGCAUAAGAACAAAAGAAAAUGGUGAAGGAGAACGAGAUGAUGUUGAAGAAGUUUUAAGAACUUAAUACACCUAAAAAAUAAAAAAAAAA